GUGAUAACCAAAAGCCCCUUUUUUUUUCUUUUUUUUUUUUUAAGGCAAGGAACUUCUCCUGCUUUGAAUUCAAAAUCUUGAAGAACUGAGGCUAAUUUUCUCAUUGGAGAUCCAAAAUGACGAGUGGUCCUCUCUUUAAGUUGUUGAUGCUCAUGAACAGAUUUAGCAAUUCUUCAGUGAUAUAGUCCUCAACUGAUGGCAGCACUCGAGGUGCAAGUUUACCAGUAUGGACAUCCAUCUUUUCUUAUUCUUGCACAACCUUUAUGGAGUUAGUUCUGAUAGGAUCUUUUAUUUGAUUACUAUUUUGAAAUCUGUAACUAAGGCCGUAGCUAGCAACUCGAAACAAAUAUUCUUUCUGUGUGGGUGCUUAAAUACUUCAAAAACAUGGGGAUACUUGUGAAGAAGGACACCCAUGCCCACAUUAAGUCCAAUAAUGUUUCUCCAACGGGACAUCAGUUGUAUGGAGACAAAGAGGCCUCGUUUUCGAUGGAAAUGAGCUGUUGGAUUUUGAGAAUGGUUUUGACUUUGUUAAGGAGCUUUGUAAAGGAAAUCAAUCGUGCUAAGAGGAAGGACACGAUGAUACCUACUUAGAUGUGCAAAUAGAAAAACCUCAACGGGAGAAUGAUGAUUCGGCAACAUGAAUACAAUUGGGUUCAAGUGGCGUUGGAGCAACCUUGACGCAGCUGCCCUCGGCUUCACUCUGUUCUGCCAACGACAUUAGAGGUCCGGGUAGUAAUUCGAUCAACAGUCACUAGAACAACGCUGGAUUCCAUGAAAACUUCUAAUGAGCAUUUCAUCGAACAAGAUCUGUGCACUCCAAACCUUCAAAAAAUAACUAAGAUCAAAUUUGGAAUGUACCUGCAGCACCUCUGAUAUUUAGCGUUUGCGAGUUGGGGAAAAUCUGAUUCUAAUUCUUCAACGGCCGAAGAAAAUCUGACGGUAAGG